GCAGCCAUGUGAGUUCUCCCGCAGCCGCAGCCGCCGCCGCAGCAGCUUGGUGAGCAUGUCCACCGCUAUGGCAACUCGUAAGCGGGCAAAGCCGGCCCCCGGGUCCGGGGCCGAUGCGGUGGCCGGCAAGCGGCGGCGAAAGGUCGACUCUGCUCGGGACAGAGGCAAAUCCAAGGGUGGUGGCAAGAUGAAUGAAGAAAUUUCCAGCGAUUCUGAGAGCGAGAGCUUGGCUCCAAGGAAAACAGAGGAAGAGGAGGAGGAGGAGCUAGAGGAGACUGCACAGGAGAAGAAGCUACGCUUGGCCAAACUCUACCUUGAACAGCUCAGGCAGCAAGAGGAGGAGAAGGCCGAAGCUCGUGAAUUUGAGGAGGAUCAGGUGGCAGGACGCUUGAAGGAGGACGUGCUCGAGCAGAGAGGCAGGUUACAGAAGUCGGUGGCAAAGGAGAUCCAGGCCCCAGCUCCCACCGACAUUCGAGUUUUACGUGGCCACCAGCUCCCGAUCACAUGCUUGGUUGUCACUCCCGACGACCUGGCCAUCUUCUCCGCCGCCAAAGACUGCACCAUCAUUAAGUGGAGUGUAGAGAGUGGACGGAAGCUGCAUGUGAUUCCUCGAGCCAAGAAGGGGACCCCGGGGCAGCCUUCAGGCCACAGCAGCCACAUCCUCUGCAUGGCCAUCUCCUCUGAUGGCAAGUACCUUGCCUCUGGUGACCGUAGCAAGCUCAUUCUAAUUUGGGAGGCCCAGAGCUGCAAGCACCUGUACACCUUCACAGGCCACCGGGAUGCAGUAUCGGGACUGGCCUUCCGAAGAGGUACCCACCAGCUCUACAGCACUUCCCACGACCGCUCUGUGAAGGUGUGGAAUGUAGCGGAUAACUCAUACGUGGAGACUCUCUUCGGGCACCAGGAUGCCGUGGCGGCAUUGGAUGCCCUGAGCCGAGAGUGCUGUGUGACAGCUGGGGGCCGGGAUGGGACUGUGCGUGUGUGGAAGAUCCCAGAGGAAUCCCAGCUUGUCUUCUAUGGCCACCAGGGUUCCAUUGACUGCAUCCAUCUAAUCAACGAGGAGCACAUGGUGUCCGGUGCGGACGAUGGCUCCGUGGCUGUGUGGGGUCUCUCCAAGAAACGGCCACUCGCCCUCCAGCGUGAGGCUCAUGGGCUGCACGGGGAGCCAGGCCUGGAGCAGCCCUUCUGGGUCUCGUCGGUGGCAGCCCUACUCAACACAGACCUUGUGGCCACAGGCUCCCACAAUGCCUGCGUGCGGCUUUGGCAGUGUGGAGAGGGCUUUCGUCAGCUCGACCCUCUUUUCGACAUCCCCCUGGUUGGUUUUAUCAACAGCCUCAAGUUCUCCAGUGCCGGGGAUUUCCUGGUGGCUGGAGUGGGACAGGAGCACAGGCUUGGCCGAUGGUGGAGGAUCAGAGAGGCUCGGAACUCAGUCUGCAUCAUCCCACUGCGCAGACUCCCUGCGCCCCCUGUGGCUGGCUCCUGACACUCAUCCUUAUUUAAGUGCUUUCCAGGCCCUGCCCCCCUUUUGUAUUAAAGCCUAUUUUAGA